CGAUAAGCAAUGGGGGAUAUUACUGUUGCCACCGUGGCUUCCGUUGACUGAUGUGCCAGCGCUGGUCCCCACACAGCGCCCCAUUGGUGACCACAGACUUAUAAAGACAAAGACAUGCCAGUUCUACUCCUGCCAUUCGGCUUCAUACGACAGGUCUUGCUCGCUCAUAUUGCCUAUAUCCCAUCGAAGAUAAGCUCCGGAUCCGGCGCCUGCAAACGCUCAAGCAAUCGAUUAUUGUCAAACAGGCAAAGUAUACGGACAGAGAACGACGGUGCUGACCAUCGUGCACUGACAACUUUUCGGCGACCAUUUCGGAUUGCCGUUUUACGGUUUGGUGGGUGCACUUACUCCUAAACCUAAUAGCGAGGCUAACUCAGGAACGGGUAAGAUUCAGCUGAUAAGGAGAAAUAUAAAAAAAAAACGCGGGAGAGCACAAAACAGAGAUUCCACGAUC